AGUCAGGCUUAAGCCACUCCCCUCGCUGUGAUGCUCCUCCGUGUUUAAUACUGAGUUAAGUGUAGUGAGCCAAGCAACUAUAUUCCGAGAUCUCUUCUAAAGCAGCUAUUUUUCUCAUCGUGUUUCGCAGAAUCUUUUAGGAGCCCAACAUGCCUAAAAGCAAGAAAACAGACAGGGAUGCAAAGGAUGAGCCUCAGAGGAGAUCUGCUCGUUUAUUGACAAGACCAGCUCCUGUGAAGGCCGGACCCAAACCAAAAAAGACAGCUAAGAAAGACAAAGCAGCCACUGUCAAAAAGGAGGAUAAAAAGAGCAAGGUGAAGGCCAAGGAGAGCUCCGAGUCUACAGCCAAUGAGGAGAACCACUCUGAGAACUGAGGCCAAGAACAAUGCAGUAACAGACUCAAAAAGAAACGAAGGAAGCCGAGUCGGAGUCAACACUGCCGUCGCAGCUCAUCACUCCUAGUGUUGUGUCAUUGUCAACCUCCAAUGCAGAGAACAGAAAUAUUUUUAUCAGUGGUUUUAAAAGUAUCAGCAUUGAUUUUUAGCACAAACUGAAGCUAAAUGCUGAGCACCUUGUAGAUUUGCAGUGAUUGUUUCUGUGAGAAUGCCACACUUAAGGUAUUUUUAAAUGCCAUUUAUUGUUACUGAUAACUUAUUUGGUCUAGCUAGAAAAAUCAUGCAUCAUCAAGUUUUCAUAAAACAUGGCUGAGGGAAAUUGACUUUUUGUUUAGUAAUGUGUCCUAGAUUUUAGUGUAUUAUUCAUAAGAGUUUGGGGGGGGGGGGGGGUCACAACCUGUAAGCAGAAAUUUGAGAGAACUAAUAUAUUUCAGAGUACCUUGCAAAAAUUUCAAUCUAAAAGUUAAAAAUGGCAGCUUAUUAAAUAUGUUUUCAUGCAAAUUGUAAUUUUUUUACCAUGUGAUUCUGACAUGUUGAAGUCUGCAGGUUAUGAUGUACACUCUCUGAUGUUGCGGUGUCUGCUAAUAAAGAAAAUAGUGGAA